GAAAUGUUGCCGGAAAUUGCUCCUUGGCUAACAAAGGAAGAGGCGAUGACAGUAAAGGAAACUCUGAUUGAAAGGAAACAUAACGGUCAUAUGUAGUUCACCACAGCUCUUAUCACAUCUGGCACAAGGCUUAAAGAGAUUUUUCCCCAUGAAAAAAAACGCAUCAGGUUAUAUCUGCCCUGAAAGUCACCGCAAGUUGAUGAAGGAUACACCAUGUUAGAAGGCAAUGCUAACAUUCUGCUUGCUUUUUCUGCUGCUAGUGAAAAGAGCAGAGGUCAGAGAUAUUGAUAUUGCAGAAUGUCUUUAUAAGCACAUUGAUGUGAGGUACCGGGCCAUCAGUGAUGAGAAGUUUGUCUUUUCGUGUGACUCACCGUCUGUGGACCCUGCCUCAGUUUUCAACAGUUCUUGUUUAUAUGAAAGUAAGGUGAAAUGGUACUGGCAACCAAGACAUAAUGGAGCCCUGACGCUUCUUAGUCAUAAAACCACCAACCGCGUGCAUCGAGGAAAUUCCCUCUGGUUCAAUCCAAUAACGACUGACGAUUCUGGAACAUAUAUUUGCAGAAACGGGGGGAGAUGUGUCAAUAUUUUCAUAGAUGUUCAAACAAAGAAGAUGGCUCAUUGUUCAGAUAACCUCAGAAAUUACCUAGAACCAGCUGUUGAACAAGGAGAAUCUAUUGCUUGUCCUGGGAAAAAGUGUUUUAGUCAUUUGCAGCACUUACCAGAUCGUCAUUUUCUUCCCCAAACUUCAGUUAAGUGGUACAAGAAUGGAAAACAAGUAAGGCUUCAAAAGGAGAGAUGGGGGCUGAAGUUGAAGCAGGAUAAAAUUAUCUUACAUGCUGUCCAUGAGAAAGAUAGUGGCACUUAUAUAUGUGAUUAUAUGCUAAAUGACAGCAAUACCCGAUGGACAAUGAGAACAAUUGUAAGCGUAUUCAUAAUCUCAAAAGACACUCAGAGCCCCCCAACAAUUCUUGAACCCAGUGGAAAGAGAACUCUUGAAGCAGAACUUGGGAAACCACUUCUGCUCCUAUGCAAAGUACAGUUUGGCUUUGAAAGGAUUCCUUCAUCUUCAGUGCAAUGGUACAGACAAAUUGGUAAAAAUAAGGAACUGUUACAGAACACACGGGUCAAUUCGAGAAGCUUAGGAGGCACAACCUUUUCUGAUCACUUUAAACUGAUGGAAGUAUCUGAAGCAGAUUUAAGCAGCCACUUUAUCUGCCUGGCUCAAAACUCUGUUGGGAACUCUACGGGGGUGUUCAAGCUAAAGAGGAAAACAGCAAAAGCUCUGCAUUUCUUGCUCGCAUUAUGUUGUGCCAUUAUAACUGUACUUGGACUCUUUUUGGGAAGUACACUUGCUUACCAGUACUGGAUUGAAAUUGUUCUGCUCUAUCGGAAUUAUAUGGCCAAAGAUGAAACUGUGGGUGAUAACAAAGAGUUUGAUGCAUUUGUGUCCUAUGCAAAACCAGAUUCCUCAAAAGCAGAUUCAACUUUCCUUAAUGAGGAGCAGUUUGCCUUGGAGGUUCUUCCUCAGAUUUUAGAAAACAAAUAUGGAUAUAAACUCUGUCUCACCGACCGGGAUAUCCUUCCAGGAGGAGCAUACACCGAUGACAUAGUAAAUGCUGUCAAAAAGAGCAGACGAGCAAUCAUGAUCUUAAGCCCAACGUAUGUCAAUGGGCAGUCUGUCUUUGAGCUUGAAGCAGCAGUCAACACUUCACUAGAAGAUAAGACAAUAAAACUCAUCCUGAUCCAGUUUGAGUCUUUUCAGGAGCCCCAGUCAUUACCUCACAAAGUGAAGAAAGCUCUCAGGGUUUUACCCAGGAUUGCUUGGGAAACAUCUACUUCUCCCACUGAUAAUAAGCAAUUCUGGAAAAAAAUAAGGUAUCAUAUGCCAGUGAAACAUACCAAAGGAACUGAGGCUGAGCUGCCUUCAUUUUUUACCCCACUGGUUACUGGGCAUGAAAAGCCACUGCAAGAAAAAUCUGGAUGAGGAAAUAAAGACAUAUUUGGGGGGAACUUCCCUAAACAGAGACCUCUUUAGGAAGAGGAGCCAUUGCUCAGUAGUAGAGUAGAUAUUUAGUAUACAGAAGACUCUUUCGCUACAAAAGAAUAUUGGGUAGCAGAACGGGGAAAAACCUCUACCUGAAACCUUGGAGAGCCACUGCCAGUUACUGCAGACAGUACUGGACUGGAUGGAUACCCUCAGGAUACAGCCACUGUAUGUGUUCAUAAUGACUUUUAUAAAGUUUGGCUACCCUUUGUGUAUUCAUAGCUUACUUCAAAACUAGUAUGAAUUUAUUCUUAGGAAACCUAGUAUUUAAUAAAAAGUAUUGUGUUAUACCACAAUUUUUCCAUAUUAUAACUAUGUAAAAACUAUUAUAUAAAUCAGGAUGAUACCCACCUGUUGGAGUGAGCAUUGGAUAAAUUAAAGAAUGAAUGCAGUUGGUUGA